AUGCCACGAAACAAAUCUAGCGAUAUCUCUGCUCGAAUUCAAACGGUGAUCAAUGAGUACGGCCAUGGACCACUCGGCAAGACCCCAAUGGCAGGACGUGAACCAGUGCCGUGGCCCUUAAAGGCGUCGCCGGAGGUCAUUUUGGCUAUGGUUCUGGAUGCAAUGAUCAAGUCGCGGCCUAUAUCUCAUGACCUGUCACAAAGGACUAUCAAUCAUUUGAUCGAGGUGGGCUAUCAUGAUAUAGACAAGUUGCAUGCUAGCACAUGGGAGGAGCGGACGGUCGUACUCAGAGAGGGAGGAUACAAUCGCUACAGGGAGCAGGCUGCCACCAAUUUGGGAAACCUUGCGGAUUUUGUGGUCAAAGAAUACGAUGGCGAUUUGAACAAUUUAUUAGAAGCUGCCGGUGGGAAAAGAGACAAAAUCGAGAUCCUUAUGAAAGAGAUCAAAGGUAUUGGCGAUUUGACGGUGGAACUUUUCUUCAACAAUGUCCAGGCCGUGUGGCCUUCGAUCGCCCCCUUUGUCGACUCGCGGAGUCUCAAGACGGCAGGCGAUGUGGGGAUUGGGAGUGACAUCGAAGCCAUCUACGUGGCCCUCCAGCGGGAUCCGGAGCAGAUGAGCUGGUUUGCCAACGGGUUGUCGACGAUACGACUGGAAAAGAGGCAGCAGGAUAUUUACUAG